UUAGACACAUAAUGCAACUAUCUUCCAUAACGUCACAUAGCAAAAAUAAAAAUUAUUAAUGGCUCUAAACAGUACAAAUUCUGCAUUACUAAUAAAAUACAUGCAUCUCUUCUUAACAGCUGUCUCGCUUUAAGUACCCUAACAAUACAAUCGACAGGAUACAUGUUCUGUUGGUUGCAAGGCUUGAGUCAUUGUCUUGCGAAACUUUCCUCCAAGUCGACGAGAUUUGUUCCAGCUUGUUCGAAGCUCGCGAAAACAGUAGUGCUGAAUAUUACUGAAAAAGCUCAAAGCAAAGGCAGUCAUGGCACUUUUCGAGAAAGACUGUUCCUAUGUACCUCCUCCAACAUCACUAUCGUUUUUGACGACGGUUAUUUCAAUUUUCUUGUUUUUCUUUACAGUGCCGCCGAACUUUCUGAUCUGCUGGGCAGUUUGUAAAGAGAGACGAAAACUGCUACGAAAUGCGUUCAACUGCUUGGUUUUCAAUUUGGCAUUUGCUGACCUCAUUGUCGGACUCAUCGUGCUGACAAUUUCUGCGUAUGUUCACCUGCUCGAGGCAUUAACAACUCAUCCCAAUUUACCCGUUCUUCCCGUAGUUCACGUGGCGUAUUUCGUCUGCUGCACGGCGUCAACUCUUUGCCUCAUAGCAAUGGCUGUCGAUCGUUACAUUGCCGUUGCGCAUCCAGUCGUUCACAGAAACAAAAUAACCCCGAAACGAGCUGUGCUUGUUUCGACCUGCAUUUGGCUUUUCUCCAUUUUGUUACCUGUGUCGGUGUAUUUUGAAGUUGGUUUCAUCAAAUACGCUUUUGUUUUCGCCAACACGAUCAUCGCUGCCACCGUGGUAAUCCUGUUCUUUUCUUACGUCACAAUUUACCGCAGACUUCGCGCACAUUUUCAGAUGUCGUCGCAGCUUCAAUCUGGAAUGAAUUCUGACACCGCAAACAGAAAGGCUCUCGAGCAUGAAAGGCGCAUAGCGAAGACAUUCGUGCUGGUACUCGUUGCUUUCUUCAUCUGUUACACCCCUUCUUGUGUAAUUAUUUACAUUUUAAACUUCUGCCGAAGUUGUAGCUGCGUUACAAUUCACUGGUUUCGAGACCUUCAGUACAUUUCCAUCUGGGUUAACUCAAGUCUCAAUCCUUUUCUUUAUUCCUGGCGAAUUCCAAGCUUGAAAGAAGCUAUUUUAGCCAGAAUUCCUUUCAAAAGGGGAAGAAUAGGAAAUCAGGCGGCUAACGGGAAGGAACUGAGUAGGGUCAACGAACGAAAUAAUAGCGCCACGCCGGAAAUUUACCAGCAACAUUGAUAAAGUUAUAAAGAAAGGAUUGACAAAAGACAUAAUAAUCUUUGUGAUGAUUUGAGCCCCAGAGAAUCCCAGUUGAUUGAUUGUGUAUUCUUCCACCAGAACUACGUAAGAGGUGACGAAGCGGAAACCUAAAAUCACGAAAUGCCGAGUUCCCUGAUUGAAUAUCCAAGAGCAAGACAACACUAACAAUUCUAGCCUUGUAUUCCUUAUGUUACUAUUAAUUUAUGCUGAUUAUUGAAGGAUACUUUUAGAAACAGGAAA